GAAACAGUGGAACUACCUCGUCCUCAGUGUAACGUUAGUCAGCUAGCCUGCGAACGUUAGCUAGCAUAGCUAACAACUUUUCAUUCAUUACUGCCUGUGCACUUUUCUUUGUUGCUAGCUAACGGAUGACGUUAGCUUUAUUCACAACAUUAGCUGGGCAGUAGUGAGAUGCCUAUGUGAUUCGUGUUUUGAGUCACACUCCUAUAUCACAAGUAGAAGGGAACCACAUAGCUGGAGAAUCAGAUGAAUUGGUGCUGCAAAUAAGCUAGUCUUGUCUCCCUGUCCAUCCGUGAAAUGGUGGUGAUGGUGGCGUUGAUCAUAAAAGUGUGAGGAGAAAGCCCCUGAGGUCCUCUUGCUGCACCACACACUUCCUCAUGGAUUCCAGCAAUGACGAGGCACUUGAUAUCAUUAUCACCAAUGUGGUGGCAACCUUCAGGACCAGGUGCCACCUCAACCUGCGCACCAUUGCCUUAGAGGGAACUAAUGUCAUCUACAAGCCGGAAGUAGGGAAAGUCCUAAUGAAGCUUCGUAAGCCCAAGAUAACAGCCUCAAUCUGGUCCUCAGGGAAAAUCAUCUGCACUGGAGCAACAAGUGAGGAUGAUGCAAAGCUGGGUGCUCGCAGGUUAGCACGCUGUCUGCAGAAACUGGGCUUCAAGGUGAGGUUUUCAGCCUUCAAAGUUGUGAAUGUGCUGGCAGUGUGCUCAAUGCCGUUUGCAAUCCAUCUUAUAGACUUUACUAAGAACAACCGACCCAUUGCCAGUUAUGAACCAGAGCUCCAUCCUGCUGCCACGUACAGGAUCAAAAAUAUCAAGGCUACUAUACAGGUGUUCUCUACUGGCAGCAUCACAGUUACAGGACCAAAUGUGCAGAAUGUGGCCACAGCUGUUGAGCAGGUCUACCCACUGCUGUUCGAGUGUCGGAAACCCCUCUGCAAAUGAAAGGAAAAGGAAAAGACAGAAGAAAAGGAAAGAGAAGUCACGUCUGAUUUGUUUGUUACAAGUGAGAAAGCACCUUAUCCUUGGAUUUAUUUGCUUGAUUUUAUCAUUACAUGGCAACAGCCACAAACUUCUAACACAAUCAAUGGACUGGAUGUCACCUGGAUUGUUCUAAAUUCUCAACAACCCUAGUUGGAGUUUUUUUUCCCUCUCACAAAAUGUCAUUAUUGUUGUGGAUUGUGUGGCUCUUGUGAUUUUAACAGCCUAAAGUUUCAAGUAUGUCUUUCAAACUUCAUAUCCUUCAGGGGGAACUGCUCCUCCAAACCGGACUGACGCUGAAGCAGAAGUUAUUUGCUUUCGCUCUUUAUUUGCUCUGGGAGUUUUUGCAUGGACACAGAAAGACUAAUUUUCAACAAUCUAACCAUUUGAAUGCUUAACAGUGGUGACCAUUGCAAAGAGUCAGUAUGUUAACACUGAGAAGCCUCACCUUUUAACCCUAUAUACAACAAGUCGUCCCAUUUGCCACUUUCUCUGGAAGAAUCUCCGUCCAUGGCUCGUUUGUAGACAUGUUGUAUUGAAUUACCUGUACUUUUAAGAGAAAAACAGCAGUCAAACCGUAAACGGAGUCUGGACUCUUGACAAAGUAAGAGCAGGUUCUUAUGCAGAUACACAUCCGCUCACAAUAUGCAUUCAUCUCUAGUUUCUCACAUUUCCUUUGUUCAAUUGACAGUUUAUUAUACAUUUGUUCUCGUUUCUCAACUGUGGCAUUGGAUCAGAAUGCACACAUUAUGUGAUUUCAAUCCUUGUCAUUUCUUAAUAAUAGUUUUAAACACUAGGCAAACAUUCAAAUAUUUAAUUGUAUUUUCUAGGCUCGGCAAUGUACAGAACAAGAUUGAUGUCCUCAGUGUUUUGGAAUGUAAUGAAAACUUUUAAAGGGUUCAGGUGUGUUUUGUUUUUUAGGUGGUGAGUUGUUGAGCCAUAGACCCCUCAUUUGAUUUCAUUUAACAAAACUAGUCCUUGGCUUCAGUGGUACUGAGGCAAGACAAGACAAGACAUUCAAAUUGAAGUUUUUAGUGAGCGAAGGAAUAAAAAGUUUAAACACUGUCCAGAAUUGGUCUUGGAAAUUGCUGUAAAUGCACAGGACAAAGUAACAGAAACUCAUUGAGAAAAUGUAUUGAAAUGUUUAAGUAGAGAACUCAUAAUUACAAAAGCAGCCACUCAGUUAAGCCGUACAACAUUGUAUGGCAGUUACAUCCAUGUGAGUUUUUGAAGCAACAUAAGACCAUUAUCAGUGUACAGAGAGGCCAUGCUUACAUUAGCCAGUGACUGAAUUGUCUGAAAUCAAACCCUUCAUAGAAUACCAUUUUCUUAAACAACAAAAACAAUGAUGAGAGGUUAAGUGUUUUUAAAUGGGAACCGAAAACCUAUUGAGGCAAUAUGGUAUAUGUAUGUAUAUAAUAAAGGCAUCUGAUGGAAAUAUGUUGACAAAAACAUUUGACAUGUCUUAAGUAUGUGGGAUUUUUUGAACCAGUGUCAACUGAAGAUUUGUGACACUUGUUCAGAAUUUUGUAUUUUGUAUAAAAAUAAAGGUUAAUGAUAAGAGGCCACAACAGGA